CACACGCCCGCCCGCCCGCUCUGCCUCUGCGCCCUCCAUCCCGGCUCGCUCAUUCUCUCGCCCUCUCGCUUCCCCUGCGGUCUCUCGCUCUGCGCGCACACACCACACACACGCACACGCACACACACACGCGCGCACACACGCAGCCGGCACAGGCGGCGGCGGCGGCGGCUGCCCAAGUCAGGACGAACCUCUGUAGGUACCGUCUUGAGAAGGCGGCAGCGGCGGCGGCGGCGGCGGCGGCGGCGGCGGCGGCGGCGGCGGCGGCGGCAGCCCGAGCAUCCCUCCUCACCCGGAGAGCGAGCACCGCCGAGAGUUUGCGUUCCCUUUGCCGUUCCCUUCCCCCUCCUUCUCUUUAUUUUCGAGAGAAUUUCUUCUUCGCUUAUUGGUUUAAUUUGAUUUUGAAAAUUUUUGGUUGCUUUUGUGUGUGUGCUUUUUUUUUUUUUUUUCUUUCCUCAUUUUAUUUGCAUCCAGAGCAUGGCGGGCUGCGGGCUGUCGGAAGACACCUUCUUCUCUUCCUUCUUUUACAACUACGGCUCCUCCUGGGAAACCCCUUCCAACCAGGUUUUUUGCGAAAAUCAGUGAACUAAUAUUGGUAAAAUUGGAGCCCCAUGGAUGAAGGGUACUUUUGUGCUGCUCUGGUUGGUGAAGACCAGCCUCUUUGCCCAGAUCUUCCUGAACUUGACCUUUCUGAACUAGACGUGAACGACUUGGAUACAGACAGCUUUCUGGGUGGACUCAAGUGGUGCAGUGACCAAUCAGAAAUAAUAUCCAAUCAGUACAACAAUGAGCCUUCAAACAUAUUUGAGAAGAUAGAUGAAGAGAAUGAGGCAAACUUGCUAGCAGUCCUCACAGAGACACUGGACAGUCUCCCUGUGGAUGAAGACGGAUUGCCCUCAUUUGAUGCGCUGACAGAUGGAGAUGUGACCACUGAGAAUGAGGCUAGUCCUUCCUCCAUGCCUGACGGCACCCCUCCGCCUCAGGAGGCAGAAGAGCCGUCUCUACUUAAGAAGCUCUUACUGGCACCAGCCAACACUCAGCUAAGUUAUAAUGAAUGCAGUGGUCUCAGUACCCAGAACCAUGCAAACCAUAAUCACAGGAUCAGAGCAAACCCUGCAGUUGUUAAGACCGAGAAUUCAUGGAGCAAUAAAGCGAAAAGCAUUUGUCAACAGCAAAAGCCACAAAGACGUCCCUGCUCGGAGCUUCUCAAGUAUCUGACCACAAAUGAUGACCCUCCUCACAGCAAACCCACGGAGAACAGGAACAGUAGCAGAGACAAAUGCACCUCCAAAAAGAAGUCCCACACACAAUCGCAGUCUCAACAUUUACAAGCCAAACCAACAACUUUAUCUCUUCCUUUGACCCCAGAGUCACCAAAUGACCCCAAGGGUUCCCCAUUUGAGAACAAGACUAUUGAACGAACCUUAAGUGUGGAACUCUCUGGAACUGCAGGCCUAACUCCACCCACAACUCCUCCUCAUAAAGCCAACCAAGAUAAUCCUUUCAGGACUUCUCCGAAGCUGAAGUCCUCCUGCAAGACGGUGGUACCUCCGCCCUUGAAGAAGCCUCGGAACAGUGAGCCUUCUGGCGCCCAAGGCAAUAACUCCACCAAGAAAGGGCCGGAGCAGUCUGAGUUGUACGCACAGCUCAGCAAGACCUCCGUGCUCACCAGUGGACACGAGGAAAGGAAGGCCAAGCGGCCCAGUCUACGGCUGUUUGGUGACCAUGACUAUUGUCAGUCAAUUAAUUCCAAAACGGAAAUACUCAUUAAUAUAUCACAGGAUUUCCAAGACUCUAGACCACUAGGAUAUAAAGAUGCCUCCUCCGACUGGCAGGGGCAGGUCUGUUCUUCCACGGAUUCAGACCAGGGCUUCCUGACAGAGACUUCGGAGGCGGGCAAGCAGGUCUCUCCUUGCAGCACCAGAAAACAGCUCCAAGACCAGGAAAUCCGAGCCGAGCUGAACAAGCACUUCGGUCAUCCCAGUCAAGCUGUUUUUGACGACGAAGCAGACAAGACCAGUGAACUGAGGGACAGUGAUUUCAGUAAUGAACAAUUCUCCAAACUACCUAUGUUUAUAAAUUCAGGACUAGCCAUGGAUGGCCUGUUUGAUGACAGCGAAGAUGAAAGUGAUAAACUGAACUACCCUUGGGAUGGCACGCAAUCCUAUUCAUUGUUCGAUGUGUCGCCUUCUUGCUCUUCUUUUAACUCUCCAUGUAGAGAUUCCGUGUCACCACCCAAAUCCUUAUUUGCUCAAAGACCCCAAAGGAUGCGCUCUCGUUCAAGGUCCUUUUCUCGACACAGGUCGUGCUCCCGAUCACCAUAUUCCAGGUCAAGAUCAAGGUCCCCAGGCAGUAGAUCCUCUUCAAGAUCUUGCUACUACUUUGAGUCGAGCCACUGCAGACACCGCGCACACCGAAAUUCUCCUCUGUGUGCAAGAUCACGUUCCAGGUCGCCCUACAGCCGUAGGCCCAGGUAUGACAGCUACGAGGAAUAUCAGCACGAAAGGCUGAAGAGGGAAGAAUACCGCAAAGAGUAUGAGAAGCGGGAAUCUGAGAGGGCCAAACAAAGGGAGAGGCAGAGGCAGAAGGCAAUUGAAGAACGCCGUGUGAUUUAUGUGGGUAAAAUCAGACCUGACACGACACGGACGGAACUGAGGGACCGUUUUGAAGUUUUUGGUGAAAUUGAGGAGUGCACAGUAAAUCUGAGGGAUGAUGGAGACAGCUAUGGUUUCAUUACCUACCGUUAUACCUGUGAUGCUUUUGCUGCUCUUGAAAAUGGAUACACUUUGCGCAGGUCGAAUGAAACUGACUUCGAGCUGUACUUUUGUGGACGCAAGCAAUUUUUCAAGUCUAACUAUGCAGACCUAGAUUCAAACUCAGAUGACUUUGACCCUGCUUCCACCAAGAGCAAGUAUGACUCUCUGGAUUUUGAUAGUUUACUGAAAGAAGCUCAGAGAAGCUUGCGCAGGUAACAUGUUCCCUGGCUGAAGAUGACAGAGGGACGGUGAAUACCUCACGGGACAGCGCGUCCUUCCCUAACUGACUAUUGCAAGUCAUACUUAGGAAUUUCUCCUACUUUACACUCUCUGUAUAAAAAACAAAACAAAACAACAAUACAACAAGAACAACAACAAUGGUUUACAUGAACACAGCUGCUGAAGAGGCAAGAGACAGAAUGGAUAUCGAGUAAGCACAUGUUUAUUCAUGGGUGUCAGCUUUGCUUUCCCUGGAGUCUCUUGGUGAUGGAGUGUGUGUGUGUGUGUGUGUGUGUCUGUUUGUCUGUGCGUGUGUGUGUGCGUGCAUGCACACGCUUGAUUUGGGGGAAGUAUGUGUGCACAGGAGGGGACUGGGGGCACCUGACCAGAGUGUGCCAGGGCAAACCACUUCAAAUGGCAGCAGUUCCAUGAAGACACACUUAAAACCUAGAACUUCAAAAUGUUCAUAUUCUAUUCAAAAAG